AUGACGACUGUUGAAUUUGGUGGUGGACCAACACUCGAAGCGCGUAGACGUUUUGCUAAUUUGAAAGAAGGCUCACAAAUUCCAAAAUAUACUGGCCAUAUUCAUCAAAUUCGAUUUCGUCAAGGCCAUACCUACGGUGAACAUACUCAUCUGUUGUCAAAAGAAUCAACUUCUCCAUUGAAACCAGUGCAGCAACAGGAAACGACAUAUGAUCUCUCGGAUCCAUAUGUCACGCGGGAGUUUCCGGAUGGAUUAAUUCCAGGUUACGCAGGAUAUGUUCCUCAACGAAAAUAUCAACAAGGCAAUCGAUAUCGUAUUGAAACAGAUGCAUGUUUAUCGCAAACCAAGAAUGCCUACGAGAAGGGUCGUCAGGAUUUACGUGAAUUAAAGAGUACCAUCAGUGCUUAUCCCAAAACAUCAAGCACUAAUAGCGAAACAACUGUGAAGCAUUUUCUUGAUUACCACCGAGCUUAUCAUCCAUUAGAAACUGCUCAGAAGGAUGACCAUCGACCAUUUGUUGAACCACCAAUUCCCGGUUACACAGGUUAUAUUCCUCGCAUCCAACCACUCGGAGUAGGCCUUGGCUCUCGCUAUCAUGAAGCAACGAAGAAAGCGCUCAAUCGUUUUGCAUUCGAAACAGCUAAUUCCGUGACAAAUCUUCCAGUAUCCGUUGAUAAUCAGCCAGAACCAUUGACUAGUGCAAGUCAACCAAGUUUUAGCUCAACGCUAUCACGUCCAACAACCGGCAGCCCACAAUACCGAAUCUAUGCUAGCAUUGGUAUGGUACCAAAAUAUACUGGUUACCUUCCACAACGUAAAUACCGAGUUGGUCAAACUUUCGGUGAUACAACACGUGAACUACCCGUCUGUGCUCAUUCCUACGCUAACUAUGGUGAACUCUUACGCUCAAAAACGUUCGCUUGA